AUGUCAUUCAAUCCGUCCGCCGCGCUGGCAUGUUCAUCUCUUCCUGCACCAAGCCUCUUCGGAGCCGAGAUCCUAUCUUUCCAGGCUAACCAAGUCACUAAUUACACUCGCACCAUCUCGAUGGGUCUAUAUAUGAAUCAUGGAGCUGUCGACAUUCAAGCAGCCAGCUUUUGCAACGUCUCUAUAGCUUACACUCAUCCCGGUCUUAAUGAUACAGUCAAUGUACAAGUCUACUUGCCAUCUACAGAAUGGAACGGUCGAAUGCAAGCCAUUGGAGGCAACGGCUGGCAGGCUGGCCUCAAAUACGUAGCUUUGGCGGGUAUGGCAGCAGCAAUGGGCAAGGGCUACGUAUCUUUGUCUACCGAUGCUGGUCUGGGAAGUAGUGAUAGCGCGACUUGGGGCCUUUUGAGUCCGGGAAACCCAAAUCGUAAUCUUCUGCAAAACCUUGCCUCAACAUCUCUUAACGACCUUGCAAUCAUUGGGAAGGAUAUUACUAACAAAUACUAUGGUACACCACCAGUCUACUCGUACUGGACUGGCUGCUCUCAAGGUGGCCGUCAAGGUAUGAUGCUUGCUCAGAGGUUUCCUGAGGCUUUUGACGGAAUCGCAGCUUCUUCGCCGGCCAUUAAUUGGAGUGGAUUAUUUGUGGGAGAUCUUUGGGCUCAUGUCAUAAUGAAUACCAUGAAUAUCUACCCGCACAUGUGCGAGAUGCAAGCAAUUACUGCAGCAGCUAUUAAGGCUUGUGAUGCUAAUGAUGGCCUUGUUGAUGGAAUCAUUGCAGAUCCUGAUUCCUGCAAUUUUGAUCCUACAUCUCUAGUUGGCACCACCAUAAACUGCACUGAAAUUGGUGAAAACUUUACGAUAUCUCCUGGAGCUGCCUAUCUUACUCAGGCUAUGUGGGAUGGUCCUAGAAAGUCAGAUAACAGUUCUCUUUUUUUUGGUCAACAGAUAGGCACUGUUUUAUCAAGUGACGACUUAUCUGCCGGAGGAUCACUUGCUCUUACCACAUGUUCAAGCAACGAAACUUGUACAGCAGAUCCACUAUCUCUUCUACUCCCGUGGAUAGCGAAGUUUGUUCGCAAAGACGACAACACCGAUACCUCAAAUAUAACGCGCCAGGAAUUUGAUCAGCUUUACCAUUCUUCCAUCAAUGAGUGGUCUUCUAUUAUAGGCACCAACGACCCGGAUCUUUCACAAUUUCGUGCCCGUGGAGGAAAACUUCUCACUUACCAUGGACUGGCUGAUGGCAUUAUCCCUCCUAACUCAACCACGAGCUAUUACGAUUCCGUUACCGCGCUCGACCCAAACGUACACGAUUUCUAUAGAGUGUUCAUGGCUCCAGGUGUCGCUCACUGUCUUGGCGGACCUGGUGCUUUCCCAGCUGAUACUUUCGAUACCAUGCGUGCUUGGAUUGAGAACGGCACUGUUCCAGAAACCAUGGAUUCUAUCUUCCUUUCAAACACGGCUAUUAAGCGUACUAUCUGUCCAUAUCCGCUUAAGCAAACUUACGAUGGUGUUGGAAAUGCUACUGCGAACGAGGGAUUCUCAUGCCAGUAA